UGCGAUGCCCCAAUCGAAAGUGGACUCAGGAGCUCUAUAGACUAAUGCGACUCUGUGUGUGUGUUUAUACUCGCGUAUGUGUCAAAGUGUGUGUGGCUUUGCUAGUAUUGGACAAUUAUAAUUUGACGUAUGGUAAAUGAGGAGAAAACACUUUCAUUUUGUCUACGUAUUAAGAUUCGAUUAAGCAUCGGAAAGGAACUUGCAUCGUGCAACAACAGCACAAAAAUAGUGAACGCAAACGCACAAUCAGUCAACCGUCACUGCUAGUGAUAACAGAAACUUUGAGUUUUGGGUACAAAAAACACAUUUCUUACAUAAUAAAUAUACGAGAAACAUGUCUAUCUAUAAAUUGUACGACGAUUUAAAAUAUAACAAAUCCAGCAUUUGAUAAACAUAUGAAAAACUUCAUUUUUUUCUGUGAUAAUUUCGUGAAAUUGAUGUUUAAUAAUUCAUAAACAUGGACAGUAUAUUGUUAACUAUAUCAAGUGGUUUAGGAGUUUCAGAACCUGCCCUACGUUUGCUUGUAUCAACCCUCCUGGGAUAUCCACUGGCCUAUUUAUAUCGAACGCAAAUUCUAAAAAAAAGUGAAACAGUUAAGAAUGUUUUUAUUGCUUUUACUGGAAUAUUACUUUGCUAUUUUAAUUAUGGAUAUGACAUACGACAUAGUUUGGGAGCAGUGUUAUUUACCUAUUUGAACAUGAAAUUUUUAGCUGGAACAUCUUACAGUGUAAUAAUACAAUUUAUUUUUCAUAUGGGACAUCUCCUCAUAGGAUAUUAUUUUACUGCAUCGGACUCAUAUGACAUAAAAUGGACAAUGCCACAUUGUGUUCUGGUAUUGAGACACAUUGGACUUAUGACCGAUAUUUAUGAUGGUCAAACUGAUCCUGAAAAAUUGUCAGCCCGUUACCGUCACUCAGCACUGAAAACACCACCAAGUUUACUUGAAAUAUUAGGAUAUACAUAUUUUCCAAGCAGUUUUUUGGUAGGACCGCAAUUUCCAAUCACUCGAUAUAAAAAGUUCAUUAGUGGGUCAUACGAUGAUAAGGACGGAUAUUUUAACUACAGUUUGAAAAGAUUUGCUCUGGGUUGCGUGUAUCUAAUUUUGAACCAAGUAGGAUCAGCUUGGUUGUCGGAUGAGUACUUAUUUUCAGAAGACUAUCUUAAUGCAAAUAUUUUCAAGAGAAUAAUCUACAUGGGUUUCUGGGGUAAAUUUACACUUUACAAAUAUAUUUCUAUCUGGUUGCUGACAGAAGGAGCUUGCAUUGGAUUUGGUUUGACAUAUAAUGAAGCUAAAAACGAUUGGACUGGUUGCCAAAAUAUUAAUCCCUACUUGUUUGAAAAUGCUAAAUGUUUUGGAGAUUAUAUUGAAAGUUUCAAUUGUAACACCAAUAUGUGGGUUGCAAAUUAUGUUUUUACAAGGUUACGAUUUUUGGGAAACAAAUACCUCAGUCAAGUCUCAUCCUUACUAUUUCUGGCAAUAUGGCAUGGCUUCCACAGCGGUUAUUACAUGUGCUUUUUCAUGGAAUUUGCAGUUGUAUUUUUUGAAAAGGAGUUUACAAGUAUGAUAGCAAAGAGCAGUGUGGCAACAAAUUUAUUAAAUUCCCCAGCAAUGGCACCUGUAAUAUUCGUUAUUCUGAAAUUUUAUACAGUGGUCAACAUGGGAUAUUGUAUAACACCUUUCGUUUUUCUAAGCUGUGCUAAGUGGUGGAACUUAUAUUCAGUAGUGAGGUUUUAUGGAUUCAUAAUUUUCUUUCCUUGGGUCUUCUUAUACAAACCAGUUCUAUACGCGGUGUUAAAAUCUGUGGAUAGUUCAUUUCAUCGUCCUCCAGUAAAAUCAGCAAAGGCUGAAUAGUGCUGAAGUUGCUGCUUGUAAUACUGAUUUUGCCAUUCAAUUGGAAUAGGCAUAUUAUUAAGCAAAUGAAAAAAGUUACAAAUAAUUCUAAUUGAACUCGAAAUAUUGUGUCUACCAUAUGGAAAUCAAUUGCAUAUUGUAGUUAUUCAGCAGUUCAAUGCAUUUUUGAAAUGACAUUUCGUGAAAAUUUAGUAUUAGUAGUAUUUCCCAGUGAGUGUCUAUAAAACUAAAUAGUUCGAAUAUUUAAAUAGGACUUCCUAAAGCCAUUUUUAAUAGCUUUUAUUCCGCAUAGUAUUUAUUAACUUAU